AUGCGUUACAAGCAGGAGAGAUAUGAACAACAUGGGGAUGGUAUUUCAUCCCCGGUUCACAGAGCUGCUUGGUAUUCUUGGAGGCUCGAGGCAACACUUGGUGAGGAACAUGACUUGAGGAACAUGACUCCAGAUCAGAUACUUCUUGCUCAUUAUUUUAUGAGCUUUAGAAGCAGUGUGUCCAAACAUUAUCGCAUAUUUUUGGACAACACUGCUUUAGAGGAAGAGAACGUGUUGCCACUGACAGCUGCCAUUGCAAAGGUCACCUGGUUCCUGGUCUCCCUGGCGGCGGCGGACCUGCUGUUGCUGCUGCUGUGCGUGCCCUUGGAGACCCUGCAGUACUUCCUGUGGACGCCCCACCUCUCGCUGCCCGUCUGCAAGCUCUCGUCCUACUUCGAGCUGCUGUCGGCUGUCGCUUCCGUCCUCAACCUGACGGCGGUGAGCCUGGAAAGGUACAUCGUGAUCGUAUACCCCAUGAGAUCGCGGACCUUCUGCACCCUCAGCAACUGCCGGCGAGCCAUAAUAGGCGUCUGGAUCGUGUCCCUUGUGCUGUCUGUUCCCGCAGGCAUGACCCAGACUGUGAUAAAAAUCCUUGAAAGUGUCUCUCACAGCAACAGCAAGGAUGUAUACUCCAUGACCUACUACAACGCCACUCACAGCGUCACCGUCUACCACUGCGCUACUGGAGGCGACCACGACCUGGUGUUCGCCGUCUACCGCCUCGUCAUCGUGUUCCUCCUGCCGGCGCUGCUCAUGUCCUUCUUCUACGCCAGGGUUAUCAAGGCGCUGUGGGUGUCGACGAAGAAGAUGACGGCGAUGACGAGGGUGUACAGCACGCGCUGGGACUCUCGCCACAGCAUCUCCUCCCACAACUCCUUGGCCUCGUGCUCCGUCAACUCAGGCCUCGUGCAGCCGUCGCCUUCCGCUGCCUCCGGGCUUGCGAUGCUCCACGCUGCCUGCCCGCUGAAGAGGUGCGUCCACAGGCAGCGGUCCGGCGAGGAGGUGAAGCAAGCUAGGAAGCAGGUCAUCAAAAUGCUGAUCCUGGUCAUCAUCCUGUUCAUGGCGUGCUGGGGCCCCAAGAUCGUGUUCUUCGUGUUCCUGAAGAACGGGCUGGCUCAGGGUUCCUUCAAGCCCCUCGUGUAUAACAUGAGGGUCGCGUUGGGUCUCCUGCCCUUCAUCCACUCGUGUCUCAACCCCAUCAUCUACAGGUAA